GGACCUCAAGGACCAUCAGGUCCUACUGGUGGCACAGGUGGCACAGGCUUUACCGGUUUUGCAGGUUCUUCAGGACCUCCCGGACCACAAGGAUUAUCUGGAGAUAGAGGUUUACAGGGACCUCAAGGGGGUCAAGGAUAUACAGGUUCUACUGGCGCCUCUGGUCAACCAGGACCAGCCGGACCACUUGGUCCGUCUGGG